ACUAUAUAUUGUAGGAAAGCUGGAAAACCCUAACUUCACUAUCGACCCUCGUAUAUAUAGCUGAGCGAAGGAAAUUCAGGCGGACUCUAUUCCCUCGCCCCCAUCAGAUCUCAUCUCAGCCAGGGAAUCGAACUUGAGAUGGCUGAAGCCAAGGCUGUGGUUCCUGAGUCAGUUUUGAAGAAGAGGAAGAGACAUGAGCAAUGGGCAUUGGAGAAAAAGCAGGAAGUUGAAGCUUUGAAGAAGAAAAAUGCCGAGAACAGGAAGCUCAUCUACAAGAGAGCUAAGCAGUAUGCUGAGGAAUACCAGGAACAGGAAAAAGAGCUGAUCAGAUUGAAGCGUGAAGCAAAACUCAAAGGAGGAUUCUAUGUUGAUCCAGAGGCUAAACUUUUGUUUAUCAUUCGCAUUCGAGGUAUUAAUGCCAUGCACCCAAAGACAAGGAAGAUUUUGCAGCUAUUGCGUUUGAGACAGAUCUUCAAUGGUGUAUUUCUGAAAGUUAACAAGGCAACUAUGAACAUGCUUCACAGGGUUGAACCUUAUGUGACUUACGGAUACCCCAAUUUGAAGAGCAUUAGGGAAUUGAUUUACAAGAGGGGCUUUGGGAAAUUAAACAACCAGAGGAUUGCUCUCACUGACAAUUCCAUCAUCGAACAGGGUUUGGGCAAAUACGGCAUCAUCUGCGUGGAGGAUCUGAUCCACGAGAUCAUGACAGUUGGUCCUCAUUUUAAGGAAGCAAAUAACUUCCUGUGGCCCUUCCAGCUCAAGGCUCCCUUGGGUGGUCUGGAAAAGAAGAGGAACCACUAUGUUGAAGGAGGAGAUGCUGGAAACCGUGAAAAUUACAUCAAUGAACUUAUAAGGAGAAUGAAUUAGGUGUGCGGUCAUUGUUUAGAUUGAAGUCUGAGAUUCUACAAAGCCAGAUGAAUUUUGAUCUUAGUUUGAGAAUUGAACAAGUUUUACUUUUCCAUAGUAGUUGGAGAUUGGAACGAGUUUACUUUUGGAUAAUUAUGUUAUGGAGUUUGUUUUACUUUUUUGUUGCAAAA